AUGGGUAAUCCAAAUUUAGAACACAAGAAAAGAUUAAUGCCCAAGUCGGCGAUUUUGGUUAGGAAAUACCAGAAGGGAAUCAGAGUUUCCUUCAUUGGUUUCGUAAUAAUGUUAACUUUAGUGUUUUUAUUACACACUCCAUCACCAACACAUAAUCAAGUGGCCAAUAGUUUCAAUAACAUGCCUUUGGUUCAAAAUUCGUUUGACUCAAGUCCUAUAAAUGCUGCUAGACUAUCUGACGACUAUUUAGUUCCUUUCACUGACAAAUCUCAAGGUGUUACACAACCUCUUGAUGAUGGUAUUAAGGUUAGAGCGGCCAUGGUUACUCUUGCAAGAAAUGCUGACCUUUGGGAGCUUGUGAAGACUAUUAGACACGUAGAAGAUCGUUUUAACAACAGAUAUCAUUACGAUUGGGUAUUUUUAAACGAUAAACCAUUCUCUGAUGAAUUUAAGAAAGUGACAAGUGCUUUAAUUUCAGGGAAAGUUAAGUAUGGUGUGAUUCCUAAGGAACAUUGGUCAAUUCCUUCAUUUAUUGAUAUGAAGAAGUACGAAAAGGCCAAAAAAGAGUUUCAAGAGCUUGAUGUACCUUAUGGUACUUCAACCCCAUAUAGACAUAUGUGCCGUUAUCAAUCUGGGUUUUUCUGGCAAAGUGAAUUAUUAGACGAGUAUGAAUACUAUUGGAGAGUUGAUACUGAUAUUACCAUUUUCUGUGAUAUCCAAUACGAUCUUUUCAAAUUCAUGAAGGUGAAUAAUAAGAAAUAUGGGUUUAUAUUAUCUGUCAGUGAAUAUGAACAAACCAUUCGUUCUCUAUGGAAAACUGUUAAACAAUUUGCAAACAAAUUCCCCAACUACAUUGCCAAGGAUAAUUUAAUGGGCUUUGUAUCAAAUGAUGGUGGCGACACAUACAAUAUGUGUCAUUUCUGGAGUAACUUUGAGAUCGUCUCUCUUGAUUUCUACAGAUCAGAUGCCUACAGAAAAUAUUUUGAAUACCUUGAUAACAGUGGUGGGUUUUUCUAUGAAAGAUGGGGUGAUGCACCAGUCCACUCGAUUGCUGCUGCAUUGUUAUUAGAUAAAUCUGAACUUCAUUUCUUUGAUGGGUUAGGAUUCCAUCAUCCAGAUUUUUACUCUUGUCCAAUCGAAGAACCUAUCAGAUUACAAAACAAAUGUACUUGUGACCCAGAAACAGACAAUACAUGGCUAGAUUAUUAUUUCUGUACAAGAAAUUAUUUCAAUGCCGCUGGCUACAAGAUGCCACCUGGUAUCGAUAAGAAGAAAUAA